GAUCUUACAGUUCAAGCUAGGAAGUGAUUACUCCGAUCCAGUGCAGUCCAUCUCAGAGAUACAUCAUCUGCCCUGUAAGCAUAUAUACAUGACAUCCAUAGAUCACAGCACAGAGCAGCAAUGGAGAUGUGGGAAGCUAUGGAGAGGGAGAACCAUGUCGCAGAGCGCGGGCUCGUCCCCGUCAAUGGCGGCAGCAGCGGCAACGUGCAGGUGCAGGACGAGCGCGGCGGUGCCAAGGUGGAUGGCUUCGUGCGCAGGGAUCAAUCAUGCCGGUACGCUAGCAGUGACAUCCCAAGUGAUCUGCUCGUCAAGGUGGGCGGCGUCAACUUCCACCUCCACAAGCACCCCAUGAUCUCCCGGAGCGCCCGCCUGGGCCGGCUCGUCGACGAGGCAUCGGCGCUGCACGGCCCCGACGCCACCACCGUGGUGGAGCUUCCCGACCUGCCGGGCGGCCACGGCGCGUUCGAGCUGGCCGCCAAGUUCUGCUACGGCGUGGUGGUCGACAUCACGGCCGCCAACGUCGCCGUCCUGCGCUGCGCCGCCGAGUACCUGGAAAUGACGGAGGAGCUGGAGGAGGGCAACCUCGCGUUCCGCGCGGAGGCGUUCCUUACCUACGUGGUGGCGUCCUCGUGGCGGGACUCCGUCGCCGUGCUCCGGAGCUGCGAGGGCCUCUCGCCGUGGGCCGAGGACCUGCAGCUCGUGCGCCGCUGCAGCGAGUCCGUCGCAGCCAAGGCGUGCACCAACCCGAGGGUCGUGCGCUGGGGGUACGCCGGCAGGACGUCGCCCGCCAAGAUGACGGCGAGGGCCGGCACGUCCAGCGACACCGGCCAACACCAGCCCGUGUCGCCGCCGGCAGACUGGUGGGUGGCCGACAUCUGCGUGCUGAGGAUCGAUCACUUCGUGCGGGUCAUCACCGCCGUCCAGGCCAAGGGCAUGCGCGGCGACCUCAUCGGCACCGCCAUCACGCGCUACUCCUCCAAAUGGCUCUCGGCUGGGCUCAGCAAGGAGAGCCCCGGGUUGCGUGGCAGCGAGCUGUGGCCGCAGGCCGGCGUGCUCCAAAUGGUCGUCGCCGGCGAGGGCGACACGCAAACGGAGACGGCAGCUAGCGAGCAGAGGAGGGUCGUGGAGAGCCUGAUCAGCAUCAUCCCGCCGCAGAAGGACUGCGUCUCGUGCAACUUCCUCCUCCGGCUGCUCCGGCUGGCCGUCAUGCUCAAGGCGGCGCCGGCCCUGGUGACGGAGGUGGAGAAGCUGGUGGGCAUGCAGUUGGACCAGGCGGCGCUGCCCGACAUCCUCGUCCCCUCAUACCCCUACGCCCGCUCCGACGCCGCGUACGAUGUCGACCUCGUGCAGCGGCUGGUGGAGCAGUUCGUGAUGCAGGAGCAGCCGUUGUCGUCGUCCUCCACCCGGGGCAAGGUCGAGAAGCAAGAGCAGGAGAAGCAUCAGAACACGAGGGCGCAGUGCGUGGCGUGCCUCCUCGACAGCUACCUCUCCGAGGUGUCCCGCGACCGGAACCUCCCGCUGGGCAAGUUCCAGGCUCUUGCCGAGUCGCUGCCGGAGCCGGCGCGCGCCUGCCACGACGGGCUGUACCGCGCCGUCGACUCGUACCUGAAGGCGCACCCGGCGGUGACGGAGCACGAGCGGAAGCGGCUGUGCCGGGCGGUGGACUGCGGGAAGCUGUCGCGGGAGGUGCGGCUGCACGCGGCGCAGAAUGAGCGGCUGCCGCUCCGCGUCGUCGUGCAGGUGCUGCUGUCGGAGCAGGCCAAGAUGGCCGGCACGCUCGGCAGGGCGGGGAGGAAGGAGGAGGACGUGAGCGCGCUGAGGAUGGAGGUGGAGAGCGUGAGCGCCAAGUACAUGGAGCUGCAGCGCGAGGUGGAGCUUCUGCAGAGGCAGGUGGAGCGCAUGCUGCCGCCGUCGUCCGCGACGGGGAAGCAACAGGGCGUGUCGGGGUGGACAAGCGGGUGGAAGAAGCUCGGAAGGUUGGGCAGGAUUCAGGUGGAGCAGCCGGUGGUGAGGGCGGGACCAGACGAGAUAGUGAGCAGGGAGCCUCGGCGGAGGAGGAACUCUGCCUCGUGAGCUGUUGUAGAGUGUUAGUGUGGUGAUGUGUCAGUGUGUGACUUUAUUUAAAAAAUCAUGCUUUUCAAAAUUGCACGCUAGAAUCAUAGUAAUAACUAUGCAUAAAAGGAAAAAAUAGAUUCCAAUUGCCAUGGAAAGGAUGGGAUGGGGACACAUGUAGCCGAAGAGCGCCAUGGUUACCUCCACAUGGAACUUUGGUGUUCUUGUUUUAUGCAAGGAUCGGAUAAAGAGGCGUGCCCGACCAUUGUGUUCUUGUUUCAAAACACAAGGCACACACUUUCAUAUUUCA